AUCUCAUCCACAUUGUCAAAAUUGUUGUUUAUGGAAAUAUACCUUUAAAUGUAAACGUGUUAAAAUUCAGAAAAAGUACAUUUUUUGUAAAUUUUACUAUUUGGAUUCCGAUAAAUUAGAUGAAAACCUUUAAAAACAGAGCAAUUUUUAAGGAUUAAUGUAUAAAUAAAAGAAAGAAUUCAAAAUGUCAAAAUUAUUAAGAAAAAUAGUUCCAGGAAAAAGUUCUAAGAAAAAACUGGAGAAAGAAAUAUCUCUUAUUGUUGAAGAUCCAAACAAUCCAGAUGGUUUUGCGUUGAAAGUACAAAAGAAAUUGCUACUGGAGCACAGCGCUUUCUUCAGGGACAUUCCGGAGAAUGAUAUCAAGAAAAAUCGAAAAAUAAAGUUAGAAGAUGUGUCUGUCAUCGCAUUGCAAAAGAUAGUGACGUAUAUGCAAAAGGCGAGUGCCCGAUUCCAAAGCCACGUGGAGGCGAUAGAAACUCUGAAAGCUGCUCAGAAAUUUGAGAUCGAAGAGCUGUUUAACAUCUGCAUCAAUCACCUUAUCACAGCUUUAGAACCCUCCAAUGUUUGUGACAUUUACGACACAGCAUCUACAUUGUCUUUGAGCCAUCUUGAAUACUCCUGUCUUAAGCUUAUCGACAAAGAUACUGAAAAAGUUUUGCAGACACGUGGUUUCCUAACUCUUAAGAAAGCCAGAGUAUUGGAAAUCAUCAAACGCAGCAGUCUUAAUAUCGAUUCUGAAGUAGCCAUUUUUAGGGCUAUUUUGGCUUGGGGAUUGAACGACAGCCUCAGUAGAGGUUUGGACCCUAACGAUUUAGAAAUGUUCUUACCCAUUGUAAGGCACAUGCUUAACCAUGUACGAUUUGGGAACAUGACAGACGCAGAACUCAGAGAUCCUGAAGUAGACAAAUUCCUCCAACUCUUGUCUUCUUGUGAGCUUUGGAACAAGAAUCGAUCCGUGAGUUGCGUGUCACAAACAAGUUCAAGUUCUAUGGAGCAUGAUAUGAGACAGUAUGUCACGCAUUAUUCUCACGAUAUGAGUGUUUAUGAGUCGAACCAGCAUACAGUAAAAGAUGGUGAGAGUUUUUGUUUAAAUAUUGAGAUUCUAAAAGGAAGGGUAUUUUUGACUCGCUUCAAGCUUGCAUUCCGAGCUUUUGCACCAACUAAGAACGCAGCAUGUUUGUAUGUAGUCCUCUCUGCCACUAACGAAGAGACCAAUGAUCAGAGAUCCACUCGUGGAACUUUUUUGAACACUACUGAUGAAGCCUAUCUGGAAUUCUCCAACCCUCUUCCAGCAAGGGAAUCAAACAAAGUGAAGAUUGAACUGAUAGUUAAAAAGGCUGAAAACAUAUGUCCUCUCUCAGUCAAGUCGGAUAUUCAGAUUGCAAUGCCAGAUUCGAAAAUGGUCGCUAUGAAAAUAAUUCCUAUGGAUGUCAAGGUUGAUUCUGAAGAAGAGGGGCGUUGCAUUUUUGGAGAAAUUCAAUAUUUUCACUAAUUGAUGAAAGAAAAAAAUUUCUAUUUUUUGCGGGUAAAAUGAGAGACAAUGAUUGAUAAUGUUGAAAUGUUAAAAGGAUUUUUGACUUUUUGAAAUGUUAAAAGGAUUAUCUAUGAUAUAACUUUACUUUGUAAAUAUAUGUAUUAUUCUUUAUUCAAGCAGCAGUAUAAUCAUUAAUCAUGUAGUAAUCAUUAAUAUAAAUGAUUAUAAUUUGUACAGUAAUAUAACCAAUUAUGUAAAUAUAU